GAGUAUAUUUGACGUCACUUCCGCUGGAAGCAGUUCUUAGGAAGCUAACGUUGAAGAAUUUUAUCAUAUAGAUUUUGCUAUUUAUUUUUCCCGAAACAGAUGUCAAGAUGAUCCUCACAGUUAAACCGCUCCAGGGGAAAGAGUGUAACGUUCAGGUUACAGAAAACGAGAAGGUGUCGACGGUGAAGGAACUGGUGUUUGAGCGCUUGAACAUACCGCCACAUCAGCAGCGACUGCUCUACAAAGGAAAAGCCUUGGCAGAUGAAUACAGAUUGAGCGAUUACGCCAUCGGCCCAGAGGCCAAGCUGAACCUGGUGGUGCGGCCGACAGGAGAGAGGAACAGCGGGGCGACGGUCAGCAAUAAUUCCAGUAACAACAGCAGCAGCAGCAACAGUGGGAGCACUGGUAGUGGAGUAUGGCAGUUACUGUCCACCGUCCUAGCCAAACAUUUCAGUCCUGCAGAUGCAGCCAAAGUCCAGGAACAGCUCAUUAAGGAUUAUGAACGUUCUCUCAGACAGCUCAGCCUAGAUGAUAUCGAGCGCCUGGCUGGACGUCUGCUGCAUCCUGAGGCAGAGGGAAUGGACACGUCAUGCAUGGACUGAGACUAGCUUGUGUGUGUGUGUGUGUGUGUGUGUGUGUGUGUGUGUGUGUGUGUGUGUGUUUGCACACUUAAACAGCAGCAACACAGCAGCCUGAUGCUUGGAUAAAUGUAUUCGAUAAGGACAUUUAGGAGCAAUGGGACUAUAAGACCACUUCAGGUUGACCACACAUGAGCGUGACUCAGCUAAACAAAAAAAAAAAAAAAAAAUGUAACGGAAGAUUCCUUUCCAGUCUUUUGAUCCGUGAUUAAGUGGACAUGAGCUGCACUUUUAUUCGCGACAUAUUUCCUUUUCUUUCUUCUUGCUUUCAGAUGUCCAGCUGUUUUUUCGUGUGUUAAACCUUUUCUGAGUGGGUUGAAUUCAAGACAUUUUAAUUCUCCUUUAGGGGACUGAAGAGAUAAACCUACUGAACAGUAGGAGUUGGUUUAUGCGGGAAGACAAUAUAAUCACAACGCAAAUACAGAUUAAGCCUCGUGCAUGGAAAGAGGCCAUGUUUCAUUUCAGACUGCAUUCGAAUACUGUUUUUAAUUCGCCCUUGCCAACUUCCUGUCGAUAUUUCCUCAUUCCGGGGAAUCCCCGUCACUUUUUUAAUCUUUUAUUCUCAAAGAACGUUUCCUUUACUUCAUCAGACCGUUUGAGGUUUGUUCGAUGACCCAUCGGAGCUUUGACGGAUCGAAUCAAUACAGAAUUUUCAAAACGGAAACCCAAGAUGCAUUGCAGCUGGUUAUUUGUUAGUCAGUAAAAACAAUACUAUACAAUCUGCAUUGCUGCAAUUACUCUAUACCUCACAGUGCAGCUAACUACACUCAGACUCGGGCAGGUCGCCACAGAAAUCUGUCCGACCGCAUCGUUCUCACCGUCGCACGUAUUCCUCCCAAAAUCGGCUUGAAACUCGUGACCGGCUUUUUAAAAACAGUAUUGAAACCCACGUUUCGUUCGACGUGUUUUGUAUGUAUUUAGCACGAAUGACGACCACGUGACGUAAACUUCAUGAUCAUACUUCAGGUUUUCUGUCCAUGUACAGUAUGCUGCUUCACGUUACGUUUGGAAGAAUCUAUUUAUGAUAGUCAAGGAGUUCAGCAUUCAUCACUACUGACCACAAAGUUAGUGCCGGGCCAUGUAUAGGUGAGCACACUGACUUUGUAAAUACUGUUUAUUAUUAUUAUUAUUAUUGUUAUUGUUAUUAAAAAAUGACAGCAUU